AUGUUCCAUCAGCUUCAAAUCAUCGAGUCCGACCGCCAAUUUGAGCGGUUCCUGUGGCGUGAUAGUCCUGAUCAACCUCCACAAGUUUACAACAUGGACGUCGCGAUAUUUGGUGCAACCUGCUCGCCAUCUUCCACACAAUUCAUCAAAAACACGAAUGCGAAGGCAUUCGCGGAGCGAUAUCCCAGAGCGGUGGGAGGAAUUAUCAAAUCCCACUAUGUGGAUGAUUACCUCAGUAGUUUCGAGACGAUCGAAGAUGCGAAGGUGGUGGCAGAGGAUGUGAAGAUGAUACAUUCCAAAGGCGGAUUUAUGAUUCUCAAUUGGGCCUCAAACAGCCGAGAUGUUUUGGAUUAUCUAGGCGAAGGGUCAGCGGACGGAGUUAAAGAGCUGAACUUGACUGGAAACGGAAAAAACUGA